AUUUCAGAAUCAUAGUAUAUUUUAGACACUGUUUUUCUAGUUGCAAGGUUGGGGGUCAAAAUCAUACCAAAAUUUGAGACAGUGUAGCGUAGCCUGGAAGGCGAUCAAGAUUCAAGAACGAAGAGUUUUGACAGAGAAAAAGGUUUCGGAAGCAACAAUGAGUGAAGGUCCAAAGCUCUACGCCAACAAGCCCAAAAAGGCACAACUGAAAAAAUUUCAAGACGGACAUCAGAAAGCCAAGGAGUUCUCAACACCAUCAUCAUCAUCAACAAUGGGAACUCAGUCCUCUUCAGCUCCACCACCACCACCACCACCACCAAAAGAGUCAUUUGCUCGCCGUUACAAGUUCGUCUGGCCUAUGCUUUUGGCUGUCAAUCUUGCCGUUGGAGCUUACCUCUUUAUGAGGACAAAGAAGAAAGAUGCAGAUAUAGAGGAAGAAGUUGCAACUCCACAAUCAACCACAUCUGCUACAGCUACUCUUGUUGAAAAGCCCUCACCCUCGCCACCCAUCACACAGGUUGUGAAGUUGCGAGAACCAAUUCCGGAGGAUCAGCAGCGUGAACUUUUCAAGUGGAUGUUGGAAGAGAAAAGGAAGGUCAAACCAAAAGAUCCUGUUGAAAAGAAGCGCCUUGAUGAUGAGAAAGCCAUCCUCAAACAGUUUAUCCGAGCAAAAUCUAUACCAAGUGUCUAAUUAUUUAACACUUGUUCACAAACUUAGAGACUACGAGAAAUUAUUUUUCGCCCUUUCAGUUUUAACUGUCAUGAAGUUUACUUUAUCCUUAUGUUGAAUGUCAAUAGGUUUCCCAAUUGUUUGUCUAGAAUGAUGUCAGUAAGGACUUCACCUAAUUUGGUUGAAUUUGUUUUUAUUGAUAAUUUAAUAGUUGGGAGAGGAGAUUUGAACCCU